AUGCAUGUGGCAGAUGAUCUCAAAAGCGGCGUGAACAAAGACCUCUAUGCUGACUUGCAGGGCAGCCUGCAGCGGAUCACGGAUCACCCGCUGUUCAAUGGCGUCCAAGUGCUGGAAGCCUUGGACAUCUCUGCUGACAGCAGUGCAUCAGUGGAGCCCUUUUCCGAGGACACUUGGCGUCGGGUGAAGGCUGGCGCAAUCGCGAAAGGCUUCAAGCCCACGUACACAGCAGGCGGCAACAUCUUCUGGAUUGACCCCUACCUGUCCUUGGUGCCAGGCAUUCCGGUGAACCGGAAAUCCAUCCUGAAGCUUCAAAGCUCGUCCUUCAAGACUCCUCAGUUGGCUUUUGAGAAACGAAGAGCGGUGCAUGUGGGCAUCCUGGAGGGUGAGGAGGUGCUCAACAUGCGUGGUAAACUGCGGCUUCUCAGCCCUGAUGAGGAGCUCUAUGCUUUCAUCUUCCAGCUAGACAAUGUCUUGGCCUCGGAGCCUGGUGAGCCUGAGCUGGAACAGUGGCUUGCUCUUGCGAAGUCAUGGACGAAGACAGUGGAGCUGGUGCCGUCAUUGACUGACAUAUACUGGCGAUGCAUCAACUUGAGAGAGGACAUAGGGACGUCCUUUGACGUCUUUUAUCGGUCCUGCAUCCAGCGAGCGUACGAGGUGAUCCAAUUCAAGCUGGACUACGAGCGUCGCAGCCCCAACGAUGUCUUGAGUGCAGCGGGAGUGUACCAGAAGUGGGUUGCGGAUUUCUCAAAGCAUGAAACAAGCGGAGGCGAACUCUCAAAGGCUUUGAUUCUGAUUCGGGUGUGA